UUCACGAUCGUCUGUCUCGCUGAGUCUCUUUUUAACUUUCUUGUUCAGACGACUCAGGUUCACUGUCUCUCCGGAACACAUACGGCACGUCGCGCACCCAGAACCACGGGCACGCCGCACACUGACCCUGGCAACCCUCGAAAUGCGCGCACCCGAGAUGAGGAGAACCUUAGUUUAUUGAAGCUUGAGGAGUUGGAGGGAGCUAAAACCCGUCGGACUGCAACUACAAUACGUUUAGACACCGGCGCUAGGGCAUAG